CACCGAGCUCUAAGCUAAAGACUAAAAGAAAAACGCGUUUUCCCUUCCCACUCCUCAAUCCUUUCUCUUUCUGUUUCUCUUUCUCUCUCACGCUUUCCCCUUCCCUAGGGUUAGGGUUUUCUCACUACCCAUCUUUUUGUCUACUGCUUUAGAUUGGUGUUUUUGGAUUUUUUUUUCGUCAACCCUUUUGAGGGUUUCAAGAAUGGACUGUUCUUCUGUGAUCAAAUGGCGUAGUCUGUGUUUCUUUAGGGUCGUUUUUCUCAUCUGGGUCUUGGGGUUUCCUCUAAAAGCUGUCGUGUCUGUUAGCUCAGACAAAUCAGUUCUUCUUCAGUUCAAGGACUCGGUCUCCGACCCGUCAGGGCUACUCUCCAGCUGGAAAUCCAGCAAUUCGGAUCACUGUUCGUGGCUCGGCGUCACCUGCGAUUCGGGCUCCCGGGUUUUGUCCCUCAACGUUUCGGGUGGCUGCGCUGGAGGUAAUUCCGAUUUGAAUGCUUUAUUGGGUUCUCAAUUUCCUCAGCUUCCGCUAUUUGGGUAUGGAAUUAUGAAGAACUGUACGGGUGGUAAUGUGAAACUGAUUGGAACAUUGUCUCCUGUGAUCGCAAAACUUACUGAGCUUAGGGCUUUAUCGCUUCCCUACAACGAAUUUGGUGGCCAGAUUCCUAUUGAAAUUUGGGGUAUGGAGAAGUUGGAGGUUCUUGAUCUAGAGGGGAAUUCGAUGAGUGGAUCGUUGCCAAUUCGUUUUGGGGGUUUAAGGAAUUCGCGGGUUCUGAAUUUGGGGUUUAAUAAGAUUGCGGGGGUGAUACCCAGCUCCCUUUCGAAUUUAAUGAGUUUGGAGAUCUUGAAUUUAGCAGGCAACAUGGUUAAUGGAACAAUUCCAGGGUUCAUUGGCAGCUUUAAGGAGCUGAGGGUAGUUUAUUUGUCAUUUAAUCGGCUUGGUGGGUCUAUUCCGACUGAGAUUGGGAGCAAUUGCCAGAAGCUUGAGGAUUUGGAUUUAUCAGGUAAUUUAUUGGUGGGCGGAAUUCCAAGCAGUUUGGGGAACUGUAGUCAGCUGAGGUCAAUUCUGUUGUAUUCCAAUCUGUUGGAAGAGGUUAUUCCAGCUGAACUUGGUCGGCUUCGGAAUCUUGAAGUGUUGGAUGUGUCAAGGAAUAGCCUUAGUGGAUCAAUACCUCCUGCGCUGGGAAAUUGUUCUCAAUUGUCAGCACUUGUGCUCUCAAAUCUAUUUGAUCCGCUUCUGAAUAUCAAGAAUAUGAAAGGGGACUCUAAUUCAGAGCAGUUGGUUUCUGGUAAUGAUGAUUAUAAUUAUUUUCAAGGUACAAUUCCGGUGGAGAUCACUACCCUUCCAAAGCUCAGGAUAAUAUGGGCGCCUAGGGCAACUCUCGAGGGUAGGUUUCCAAGCAAUUGGGGAGCUUGCGACAGCUUGGAGGUAAUAAACUUGUCUCAGAAUUUUUUCACUGGAGAAAUUCCAGAAGGGUUUAGUCGCUGCAAGAAACUGCAUUUUCUUGAUUUAAGCUCAAAUAAGUUAACUGGAGGGCUUGUUGAGAAACUUCCAGUUCCGUGUAUGACUGUGUUUGAUGUUAGCUGCAACCUCUUGUCUGGUCGCAUCCCCAGAUUUUAUUAUGGAAGCUGCACUCGUGUUCCUUCUAAUAACCGAUAUGUGCUUGAAUCCUCCAGCCUGUCAUCUGCAUAUGUAUCUUUUUUUGCAAACAAAGGAAUCGUUGAAGCCCCUUUAUUGUUUUCCAAAGGGGAUGACAGUCUUUCAGUAUUUCAUAAUUUUGCCAGUAACAACUUCAAUGGUACCUUUGAGUCAAUGCCAAUUGCAUCAGACAGACUGGGGAAGCAAACUGUUUACUCAUUUCUCGCUGGUGAAAACAAUCUUACUGGACCAUUCCCUAGAAAUUUGUUUGACAAGUGUUAUGGAUUGAAUCGAGUGGUUGUUAAUGUUAGCAACAACAGAAUCUCUGGUCAGCUUCCCACAGAAAUCGGUGCAUUAUGCAAAACUCUUACACUUUUGGAUGCCUCUGGGAAUCAAAUUAAUGGGUCUAUACCCCAUAGCAUUGGGAAUUUGGUGUCUCUUGUUGCUCUUAACUUGAGUUCAAACCAUUUACAGGGUGAGAUUCCAAGCAGUCUAGGCCAGAUAGAGGGUCUUAAGUAUCUGUCUUUAGCUGGUAAUAUUCUGACUGGCCCCAUUCCGUCCAGCUUGGGGAAUUUGCAGUCCUUAGAAGUGCUGGAACUUUCUUCGAACUCUUUAUCUGGUGAGAUUCCAAGAGAUCUUGUGAACUUAAGAUCCCUGACUGUUCUUCUGCUCAAUGAUAACAAGCUCUCAGGGCAGAUUCCCUCAGGUCUGGCAAAUGUGACAACACUCUCGGCAUUCAAUGUUUCCUUCAAUAACUUGUCUGGGCCGCUGCCAUUGAACGAUAAUUUGAUGAAAUGCAGUAGCGUCCUUGGAAAUCCUCUUCUUCGGUCUUGCCGCUUGUUCUCUCUAACAGUGCCAUCCUCAGAUCAGCAAGGUGGGGUUGGAGAUUCACAAGAUUAUUCCGCUUCACCUUCAGGAAGUCCAACAAGAAGUAGAAGCAGUAGUUUCAAUUCAAUUGAGAUAGCAUCCAUAACAUCUGCAUCAGCAAUUGUUUCAGUUCUUCUAGCUCUUGUUGUCCUCUUCAUUUACACGAGAAAAUGCAACCCAAAGUCCAGAAUUCUGAGAUCUGCCAGAAAGGAAGUAACAGUUUUUAAUGACAUAGGGGUUCCAUUGACAUUUGAGAACGUUGUGCGGGCAACAGGAAGUUUUAAUGCAAGCAACUGCAUUGGGAAUGGAGGCUUUGGGGCAACAUACAAAGCUGAGAUCUCACCAGGAGUCUUGGUGGCAAUAAAACGGCUUGCAGUUGGACGGUUCCAAGGGGUUCAACAGUUCCAUGCCGAAGUCAAAACUCUUGGAAGGCUAGAUCAUCCCAAUCUUGUGACUUUGAUAGGUUAUCACGCCAGUGAAACAGAGAUGUUCCUCAUAUAUAAUUAUUUGCCUGGUGGUAAUUUGGAAAAAUUUAUCCAGGAGAGGUCUACAAGGGCUGUGGAUUGGAGGGUACUUCACAAGAUUGCUUUGGACAUAGCCCGAGCACUUGCCUACCUACACGAUCAGUGUGUCCCACGGGUCCUCCAUCGUGAUGUCAAGCCUAGCAACAUACUGUUGGAUGAUGACUUCAAUGCUUAUUUAUCCGACUUUGGACUGGCCAGGCUUUUGGGACCUUCAGAAACCCAUGCAACCACAGGUGUUGCUGGAACUUUUGGGUAUGUUGCUCCUGAGUAUGCAAUGACUUGCCGAGUCUCUGAUAAGGCUGAUGUCUACAGUUAUGGGGUGGUUCUGCUUGAAUUAUUGUCCGACAAGAAAGCCCUAGAUCCUUCGUUUUCAUCAUAUGGGAAUGGCUUUAAUAUUGUUGCUUGGGGCUGCAUGCUCCUGCGACAGGGCCGCGCCAAGGAGUUCUUCACUGCGGGUUUAUGGGAUGCAGGUCCCCACGAUGAUUUGGUAGAAGUUUUACAUUUGGCUGUUGUAUGUACUGUUGAUUCUCUUUCUACCAGGCCUACAAUGAGGCAAGUUGUAAGACGGCUGAAGCAACUGCAACCCCCAUCAUGUUAGCCAUUUUGAUGAGGCCCCUAUUGAUUAACGUAGUGAUGUAGAAGGUAAAAGUCCCAAUUGUGAUUUGUACUUUUGCACUUGUUCCUCGGCCUGACUUAGAUUGAAUUCGAAAAUUGUAGUUAAUUCUACCUGUAAAUUGUAUUAUAGUUCUGCCCCCAUUUUUUUUUAAUGCCAUUUUCCCUGAUCACAACUGAUGAAUCUGCAGAAGAAUGCAGAUGAUUGCUCCCCAUCUCAUAUACGUGUACUUUAGUCCCAUUUGUUGUUUAAUAAAACCAAAGAAUGAGUUUCUUUUUUGUC